AAGCCAGACGUUGUCAGAGAGACGUAGAAAGAAGGCUGUGGUACCACACCCACUCUCCCACUUGCUGCACAUCCCCACACUACUGCUAUGUUUCAUGACUUUGCAGGAACUAUGUUUUGGUAGUUAGUGUGCAGCGGCUUCUUUUUGUGUGCCUGACUUUGUCGUCUCCUAGAGGUGUCCCUCACUGGAAUUCCAUCCUUCUUCUUGGACUCUUUCUCAGACCAAUGCUGACCGAGCCGUGUGGAGCCAUGUCGAUGCCGGGCUCCGAUGUCCGAGAGCUGACUCUCCUGACUUCAGGACCACCCGUGCCCUCCUUAGGUGGAUCUGCAGGGGGCUGCGGCCAGUGGACCCAACUCUUGGACCUCCAUCCCAGCUCUCCUUACAAUUCCAUGUCUUCCCACCACUCCCUCAUCAAACAGGAACCCAACUGGUGUGCUGCGGACACUAUUGAGGACCCCCACUGUGGACUCGGGGCCUUCACGGUGCACUUCUCGGGCCAGUUUACAGGCUCAAGCCCAUGUCGAGUCGGGGCCUUUGGAGAGCCAGCAACAGGCCAGGCUAGGGUUUUCCCCAGUGGGACCUACCUCCCCAGCUGUGUGGACAGCCCUCCUGCACCCAGGAACCAAGGUUAUGGUGCAAUGAGCUUAGACGGGAACCCCAGUUACGCUCAGACGGCACCUCACCACACCCCUCAACUGUCCAGCCUGUCCUUCAAACAUGAAGAUGCACUGUCGCCGCCACACAACAUCGUUGAGCAGCAAUACCCUCCUCCUUCCACUGUGUUUGGGUGCCACAAUUCUGCGGAAUCAUGUCCGAGCAACCAAGCCCUGCUUCUGAGAAACUACAACAGUGACAACCUGUACCAAAUGGCGUCUCAGCUGGAGUGUGUCACAUGGAACCAGAUGAACUCGCUUGCAUCUUCCAUGAAGAGCGGCCAUGCACCCAGCUAUGAAAGCGAACACACAGCCGCGCCCCCGCCCAUGCUGCUCAGCGCCCAGUACCACAUUCACACACACGGCGUCUUCAGGGGGCUUCAGGAUGUCAGACGAGUUCCUAGUCUGGCUCCUUCUGUUGUGAAGUCAUCAGAAGCCGAAGCCCAGAAGCGUCCUUUUGUGUGCACCCAUCCUGGCUGCAACAAGAAGUACUUCAAACAGUCACAUCUUCAGCUGCACGGACGCAAACACUCGGGAGAGAAACCGUACCAGUGCGAUUUUACAGACUGCGGUCGGGGAUUCUCUCGCUCGGACCAGCUGAAGCGGCACCAGCGCAGACAUACAGGAGUGAAGCCUUUCGAGUGCGAGACGUGUCAGCGAAAGUUUGCACGGUCAGACCACCUUAAGACUCACAUUCGGACUCAUACAGGUAAAACAAGUGAGAAGCCGUUCACCUGCCGCUGGCCCAACUGUCAGAAGAAGUUUGCCCGCUCCGACGAGUUGGUGCGCCACCACAGCAUGCACCAAAGGAACCUGACCAAGCUGCAGCCGGCCAUCUGAGAAGAGGACAAAGAGGACGGUGCCAGCCAAAGAGAAGGCUGGGAGCCAGGUCAGGGGUCAUGGUGCCUUGCCAAAUGUGCAUAGGCGGAGAGCACAGCUGAUGCACACAAGAUGCACUCUUUUUGGGUCAUUUCCACUCCCAGCCCAGGAAUGAUUUUUCAUAGCACUCUUUUGUUUUCUUCCACAAAAUGUGCUAAACUGGAUUGAGGAAAUGAAGAGGCUGUAAAUACACAACAUGCACACCUAAUAACUUUGUACAUACUGUAUGUGGCUUUCUUUUAUACACAUUCCUUUUGUAUGUUCUAUGUUUUGUACAUCUAUAAAUGUGAUCUACAUCACUCUUAAGUGUGUGUCAGCUUAUAAGAGGCCACCUAUGAGAAUUGAUGGGGGUUGGGGGGUGACAGGUAGUAAAACAGCACCACGCUGACGGGGUGCAGGGCUCACCCCCCUAAAUCUAAGUUGCACAUCUUCAUAACUGGAAACAUCUGGAGCUUAAUAAAUCUCUUCUUUUUUUUUAAAUACCAAAAAAAGAACACAUACCAAGCCUCCUGCAGGGCCCCUACUUGCACCAUUAAAACCCUUUUGAUAUGCACAGAAGUACUGAGAAAAAGUUGCUAACCACAUUGCAGCAUGUGGUAAGUGAGGAUGUACCAGGGGCCCAAACACAGGGGAGUCCCUAGAGUAUUGUAAAGUUAAAAAAAAUUUUUCCUUCUAUUUAAAUAUGUAAGUUACAAAAUAAGAUGUCAUAAAUGGUUCGUUCCACCUGAAUAAAUCUAUCUUCGAACACUUCACUCAACACAGACGUCAUCAAAGCUCACCUUAAAGCAUUCACACACCGCCAAAGGCAUUUUGGAAUAAGGAUGAGGUGACAGAAGAAAUAUGGAAAUAUAAUACAUCUUAUUUGCGGCAGCAUACAUGUUUCACUUUUGCAUCUCAUUGCACGUAUCUGCGGUGCGUCCAAGGACCCUUAAAUAAAGUUAGAAACCGAGGUGUCACUAGUUUUUAAACCGGGUGAGACAUAACUCCCAGGGGAUGUACUCAUGAUAAUCAUAAUGAUGUAUUAUUAUGAUUUGUAUUAUCCACUGAUGCUAAUCCUAUGUGUACUAGCUGAUCUGUAUUUCACACUCUGAAGUAAAGGAAAACUUUACAUAAUUAUAUUCCUAUAUAAUGACAGGUUAUAUGCUUGUUUAAAAUCAGCUUCUGGCCUCUUUAUAUUGAAUUUGUUAGCACUUUUUGUAAAAAAAAAA